AAGAUGAAUAUAAAAAAAGUGAAGUGCUGUUUCAUAAUCUUGCUGAUCUAUUCAUUCUCUCCUGCAACCUCUUCUCUUAACAACACAUCCCUUUUUCCAGGAAGAAGGGAACUGCUGGUUCCAAGCAUGGGAGGGGUGGUGAAGAGUGGGCAUAGUGGAGGAGCACACGGAGGCGGUGAAGGCGGCGGGGCCCACAGUGGUCAUGGCGGAGAGCGGUCGGGCCCACACCCGUCGGGAUCUUCUAGCGUCGUGCCGGUGUAUACCGCCAGUUCCCACCGCAAUUCCCGUCGCGCCAAAUCAUCAUCAUCAACAACUUCUCCUACAACCAAACUUGGACAGUUGUUGCUCAUAUUCCAAGUCUAUCUGCAACUCUUCUAAUCCUCUUCAUGAGUUCAAAGUUUAGUAAUUAAGCUAGCCGCCCAAUUGAUACUAUUUGAAUUUUGAAGAAGAAAAAAAAAAGAAGUAUAUAAAAAAUAGAAUGGUAUUUGUUGGGAAUAAUAAGUCAAGAAAUAAGUCUAAGUUUGGCCCAAACAUUUUCAUAAACACGCAUAAAUAGGAAAAAAUAUCACUGUCUAUGCGUGUCUGUGUGAAGGGUGGAGGCAAACUUGAGGUCACUCUUGGUCUUGGAAUGCCUCUAGCGUUAUUCACAAAUCAAUAACAUAUUUGGUCCGAACUUCUCAUUGAUGUGCGUAGCGAGUGAAUAGUAUCAUUGUAUUUGUGUGUUUGUGCGAAAGAUGGAUCGAGACAAACUUGAAGUCAUUCUUGGUUUGGUUUUGGAGUG